AUGAAGACGAUCUCUUAUAAAGUACUACAUCGCGUAGCAACUGAAUACAAUCGUUACUAUCUGCACUAUUGGAUAUUUGCAUAUACAAUGGCAGUUUCUCAAGAUUCAGUGGAGUCCACCAGUAAUACAGUGAACCGUGGCUACUGUCGCUUUGCCAAUAAAGGUGUCUGUCCGUUCCAAGAUAAUGAAUGUCAAUAUCGUCAUGAAAAAUGUGAAAAUUACAAUUUAUGCUUAAAACCUAGUUGUCUUCUUGCACAUGCCUCACCGAACCUCACUGAAAUAGGAAAAAAUACUCAAAGAAAUUGUAAAAAUGGUCUAGAAUGUUACAAUUUCAACUGUAAGUUCCAACAUCCAGAAGGAUGGAGCGCUUGCAGAAAUGGAGCAGCUUGCACCAUUUAUGGAUGCAACUCAGAGCAUCCACCUCCUCCUCCUCCAAAAAAGCUAUGCAGAUUUGGAGAUAAUUGUAGAAAUAAAAGUAACUAUUGUCCAUUUCUUCAUCCAAACGAAAACAGAAACGAAGAAGUACAGAAAACAAACUAUCCAAAGCCAAAACUUCGAGGAAACCCCGUGACCUUUAAAACUGUACAAGAAAACCCUUCGAACCCACCUGGAAAACAGCUAUCGGAAACAAUCGAAUUUACUCCUGCCAAGUUAGAUUAUCUUGCGCGUUUUGGUAAUGAAAUUUUAUCCGAAAUCCGUAAACAAGCUGAUAUUAAAGGUGUAAAACUUAACGAUGGUAAACUUCAAUUGGAUGGGACUAAGACUGCAAUUACAGGCGCCAAAUCUUAUCUAGAGAAAACGCUUCAUGAGGAAAAUGUAACCAUCGCUGCUAAUUUAUUGAAAUACCUUCAGUUGUCUGCUAAAGAACGUUUAAUAGAGAAAUUUAUAAAAAAACAUCAUGUAGGGGUACACUUUAGAAAGGUAUCAACAAAUGAAAAAAUUACUACUGAAAACAUGGUUACAAAUAAGGACAAUGACGAUGAUGAUGAUAUCAGUCAGUCUGAUAGCGAUGAUGAUGAUAGUGAUAAUAGAAGUGUUACUUCAAAUGCAUCCUCAUGUACCACGACUGUUGUUCCGAAAGGUAAAGAUAAUCAUAAAAAUAAGCAAAACUUUGUGGAAGUAACAUUAUGCAGUAUUUCCAACGAUUCAUUAUCCAAAGCUAUCAAAGAAUUACAAGGUUAUACUUUAUCUAGUCAAUCAUGGCUAUUGACACAAGAUGAAAUGGCAUAUAUUUUAAAAGAACCACAAAAACGUAAAAAUUUACCAAAAAAACCCACAAAUCGUGAUAAUUGUAAUCAGGUGAAAUUUUACUUCCUUGAUCUCAUUCGAUUCAAUCCAAAUGUUAUUGUACAGAUCUUUGUCAACUACCAACGUAAUACCAUGCGAGUACAAGUUAAAGGAUUUAAAAAUCAUGUACGCAAUUCUACAACAAAAAUCAAAGCUCAUUUAGCCGAUAAUAUUGAAAGUGAAGUGCAACUUCCGAUUUCGAAAGCAAUGGAAAUUUUUCUACGAAAGAAAGCUGCCUCGGAUGUUAAAAAGCUAGAAAAAACUACGCGUAUAAAAAUAACACUUAAGUCAUCACGUCGUGCUAAACCACAAACAAGUGUGGAAAAUUUUCUUGAACGUUUAUUAGAACAAGAAAAACAGUUUCCUUGUCAAAGUUGGGAUAUUGCCAAGAUUAUUUCCAAAAUCAUUUGUACGCGUUUGAAAACUGCACUGGAAUCCGAUGAUUAUGAUGCGAUAGGAUGGGUAAAAACCUAUACAUCGAGUGAACGAAGAGCAAUAGAACCGAAUAUUGCCGUAGCAAUAGUUAGUUUUAAUCAAGAAGCAGUUGACGAUAUAGUCGAACAAUUUCAAAAUACUAUAGAUGGAUAUGUUGUUUGGAAACCUUCGGCAGACGAAUUUCGAGCUAUAUUUCACACAUUAAUAGUGAAGAAGACACCAUCGGCCGAAGAAUUUCGACAACAAUGGGAAACGAAUGUACAAUUUGAUAGAGAUACAAAUACUGUUACAAUCCCUGCAUCAUCAAAACAAGUUGCAGAUGACAUCAAGGAUGCUUUACUAAACCUAGGAGCUGAUCGAAAAAUUCAGAUGAAGCGUAUUACUGAAUUUAUUCCUAUUCCAUUAAAUGCACGUCGUUUUAUUAAUCAAGCCAUUGGACCGAUUCUCGAGGAAGCAAAAUCACAAAAAGUUUUUGUUGAAACAAAAACACGUGAAGGGUUGAAGCUACAUGGUCCGUCGGAUGUUAUCGCUGGAUUCAAGCAAAAGAUUAAGUUGGUUGUCGAUGAUAUUACACAAAAGAUUGUUAAGAGUUUGGUGCACUUAACAUCAGCUGAAACAGAUUUAUUCCGAGCUGAUGGUUAUAAGGUCAUCCGUAGUAUUGAACGACAAACAAAUACUAUUAUUCAUGAUGUUAUGGCCACGACAAACAGUUCACGAUUAGCCACCAAUGAAAACCCGGAUGCUAGUGUAACUCUUGCAUGUGUGGAAAAUAGUCGAAGACAAACGAUUUUGGUGAAGAAAGAAGAUAUCACACAAGUGGAAAAUAUCGACGCGAUCAUCAAUGCGGCAAAUGGAACACUGCAGCAUGCCGGUGGAGUAGAUAAAACCAUUGCUAAUGCCGCUGGUCCUGCACUCGAUCAAGAAUGUAAACGAUUAAUUACUGAAAAUAAUGGGUUACCAUUUGCUGCUGGUGAAGCAGUGAAAACAACUGCUGGUAAUCUUCCUUUUAAAUGUGUUAUUCAUGCCAUUGGUCCACAAUUUAGUAAUGGUAAUCAACAAGAACGGCCAUUAUUAUUCAAUAGUAUCUUAGCCAGUUUACGAUUAGCUGAAAGAGAACGUUGUAAAAGUGUUGCUUUACCGGCUAUAAGUUCUCAAACUUUUGGUUUUCCAUUAUCAGAUUGUACAAAUCUCGUCGUUCGAGCAGUGAAACAAUUCUAUGCUGAUUACCCGCAAUCGGUAUUGAAAAGAAUUGUUCUGCUAGACACGAAUGAUGCAACCUGUAAUUCAUUUGCCCGUGAAGUUGUUGUCGAUCAUCGAAGUGCACUUACAGAAGAUGAUGAUAUUUUCAAUUAUCAACUAGCUCCUUUGACAGCUAAGUGGUGCUGGCAAGGUGAUGACGGUGAAAAAAUUUAUGAUGAAAACCAUACACGUCAAAUUGAGACCGCAUUUCAACAAUUUUUAAAAACAUCUACAGCGCCAACAUUGGUAAUACCAGCUGAUAAUCUCCGAAUUGGUAAGAUUGUUAACUACAAAAUUCAUUUUCUUCCUGAAUUAAAACAGUCAGUAACAAACAUUGCAACCAUAUUAAAUGGUCGGUUGGUUUGUGGAUCUCAAAUACGAGAAAGUACUGGUUUUAAACGAAAUAUCAUCCGUUAUCCAAUAGUACUAAAUAUUAAGACAACAACAUCCGCAACUGCUACUUAUGUUCCCAAACCAUUGGAUUCGUAUAAUAUACAAACAGUGACAAAGGAUAAUAGGUGGGAAAUUACAGGUAUUAAUAAUAGUGCAUUAACUGAAGCAGAAAGAGCAAUUAGAAAGGCAAUUAAUGAUGCUACUAUUACGGAACCAUACUCUGUCAAAUUAGAUAAAGAUAUUACUGAACAUAAACAACAAAUAAAUAAUAUAGCAACUCAACAACAUAUUCAGAUUAGUUUUGAAGGUGAAAAUGCUGGACACCUUUCAAUGAUAAUGAAAGGUCUUAAAUCUAAUGUUCAAGAUGCAAAAUUGAAAAUUACUCUCUAUGCUCAUGAUAUUUUACAAAAGAAAGUUGAGAACGAAAAUGAAUUGAGUAUACCAAAAGAAUGGGGUGAUCAACAAGAGGGUUGCAAAUUAGUUGAAACCAAUAGAACUGAUUCUGAAUUUACUCGAAUCGAAAAGUGUAUGAAAGAAACAAUGAACAAUGUUAAUAUUCAUAAAAUUGAACGAGUACAAAAUGUACGUAUGUGGAGUCAUUAUGCAUUUCGUCGUCAACAACUGAAAAAAGAAUUAUGUCUUAAACCAAAUCUACAGAUUGAAAUGGAACUUUUUCAUGGAACGCGAACAACACCACCCAAUGAAGUUUAUAAUGGUGAAUACGGUUUUGAUAUGACAUUUAGCACCAGCGGUAUGUGGGGCAUAGGUUCGUAUUUUGCCAAAAAUGCCUCAUAUUCAUGUCCAAGUUAUUCACAUAAACUACCAAAUGGUCAAUAUCAGGCGUUUUUUGCUCAAGUAUUAACUGGUGAUAUCUAUGAUUGCAAAAGUGACUCAACUUUACGUCGACCACCAAAGAAAAAUGAAUCAACAUCGGGUUUACGAUAUAAUAGUGUAUCAGGUGAUACAGGUGGUAGUAAAGUUUAUAUUAUCUAUGAAAAUCGUGUGGCUUAUCCUACUUAUUUAAUUACAUUCACUCCAUAA